CUCCAUGGCUGAUGAGCUGGCCGGGCACUUUCAAAAUGGCGGAGAGUGGAGCAAGCGGCAGCGGGAGCAGCGGGGACAGCCUGGACAAGAGCAUCACGCUGCCUCCCGACGAGAUCUUCCGCAACCUGGAGAACGCCAAGCGCUUCGCCAUCGACAUAGGCGGGUCGCUCACCAAGCUGGCCUACUACUCCACCGUGCAGCACAAAGUGGCCAAAGUGCGCUCUUUCGACCACUCAGGAAAGGACACAGAACGUGAUCAUGAGCCGCCCUAUGAGAUUUCGGUUCAAGAAGAGAUCACAGCUCGGCUGCACUUCAUUAAGUUUGAGAAUACCUACAUUGAAGCCUGCCUGGACUUCAUCAAAGACCACCUGGUCAACACAGAGACCAAGGUGAUCCAGGCCACCGGGGGCGGGGCCUACAAGUUCAAGGACCUCAUCGAAGAGAAGCUGCGGCUGAAAGUCGACAAGGAGGACGUGAUGACCUGCCUGAUUAAGGGCUGCAACUUCGUGCUCAAGAACAUCCCCCACGAGGCCUUCGUGUAUCAGAAGGAUGCCGACCCUGAGUUCCGGUUCCAGACCAACCACCCCCACAUCUUCCCCUAUCUUCUCGUCAAUAUCGGCUCUGGAGUCUCUAUCGUGAAGGUGGAGACAGAGGACAGGUUCGAGUGGGUUGGCGGCAGCUCCAUCGGAGGCGGCACGUUCUGGGGGCUCGGGGCUUUGCUCACCAAAACCAAGAAGUUUGAUGAGCUGCUGCACCUGGCUUCGAGGGGCCAGCACAGCAAUGUGGACAUGCUGGUGCAAGACGUCUACGGCGGCGCCCACCAGACGCUCGGGCUGAGCGGGAACCUCAUCGCCAGCAGCUUCGGGAAGUCAGCCACUGCCGACCGAGAGUUCUCCAAAGAAGAUAUGGCCAAGAGCCUGCUGCACAUGAUCAGCAACGACAUCGGACAGCUGGCCUGCCUCCACGCGCGGCUGCACAGCCUGGACCGCGUGUACUUCGGGGGCUUCUUCAUCCGGGGCCACCCCGUGACCAUGCGCACCAUCACCUACAGCAUCAACUUCUUCUCCAAGGGGGAAGUGCAGGCGCUGUUUCUGAGGCACGAAGGCUACCUGGGAGCCAUCGGAGCGUUCCUGAAAGGAGCUGAGCAGGACAAUCCUAACCAGUACAGCUGGGGCGAGAACUACGCAGGCAGCUCCGGGCUGAUGAGCACGUCGCCUGAGCUGGGCCCCGCGCAGCGGGCGCGGAGUGGCACCUUUGACUUGCUGGAAAUGGACCGGCUGGAGAGGCCGCUGGUCAACCUGCCACUCCUCCUGGACCCGCCGUCCUAUGUGCCCGACACGGUGGACCUCACGGACGACGCUCUGGCCCGAAAAUACUGGCUCACCUGCUUCGAGGAGGCCCUGGAUGGGGUAGUGAAGCGUGCAGUGGCGAGCCAGCCGGAUUCCAUGGAUGCAGCCGAGAGGGCAGAGAAGUUCCGGCAGAAGUACUGGAACAAGUUGCAGACCCUGAGACAGCAGCCCUUUGCCUACGGGACCCUGACUGUGCGCAGCCUGCUGGACACCAGGGAGCACUGUCUGAACGAGUUCAGCUUCCCCGACCCCUACUCCAAAGUCAAACAGCGGGAGAACGGCGUGGCGCUGCGCUGCUUCCCCGGGGUCGUGCGCUCCCUGGACGCCCUGGGCUGGGAGGAGCGGCAGCUGGCACUGGUGAAAGGCCUCCUGGCAGGGAACGUCUUCGACUGGGGGGCCAAAGCUGUGUCUGAUGUCCUUGAGUCCGACCCCCACUUUGGGUUUGAAGAGGCGAAGAGGAAGUUGCAAGAAAGACCCUGGCUUGUGGAUUCCUACAGCAGGUGGCUUCAGAGAUUGAAGGGGCCCCCUCAUAAAUGUGCCUUAAUUUUCGCAGAUAACAGUGGAAUAGACAUCAUUUUGGGAGUCUUCCCCUUUGUCAGGGAGCUACUCCUUAGAGGGACGGAGGUCAUCCUGGCGUGCAACUCCGGCCCCGCCCUGAACGACGUGACCCACAGCGAGUCCCUCAUCGUGGCCGAGCGCAUCGCAGGCAUGGACCCUGUCGUGCACUCCGCGCUCCAGGAAGAGAGGCUGCUGCUGGUGCAGACGGGCUCGAGCUCCCCAUGCCUCGACCUCAGCCGCCUGGAUAAGGGGCUGGCCGCACUGGUGCGGGAGCGUGGCGCAGACCUGGUGGUCAUCGAGGGCAUGGGCCGUGCCGUCCACACCAACUACCACGCAGCCCUGCGCUGCGAGAGCCUCAAGCUGGCGGUCGUCAAGAACGCGUGGCUGGCUGAGCGGCUGGGCGGCCAGCUCUUCAGCGUCAUCUUCAAGUACGAGGUCCCGGCCGAGUGAGGCGCCACAGCUGCGCGACCCUUCCGUUCGCCACUUGUCAGGAAUGUGUUUUACCGCCACAGGGAGACUGCGUUCGAAUCAACAUAUUUAUAUUGUACUGCUGGGACCUGGCACGCACCCCCAGCCUGAGGGGUGCGUGCGGCCUUGAGGCGAGGCCGUUUUGUCUUAGGGGACGUUCGUAUUGGAAUCUAUUUAACUGCUAAAGACCUUUUAUAUAUAUAUAUAUCUAUAUAUAUAAACAGAGAUGUAUACAGGUAUGUCUGGCGGGACGCAGCGCCACGGGCACGCACCAAAUAGAGUUUUUAAAAGAGGCCG